GGGUGAUGUACCCUCCCCGUUUCAAGAGAUGGCCAAAGCUAUUGACUCCUUAGUUACCCCGCAGACGCAUCUGGACCCAACUAUACUCUGUACGUUGGAUGUGCCUGAGGCCUUAGAGGACCUUCAAGGUGAGUGGUCAGCAAGGGACCCUCGUGAGUCCUGGGUGGCGCUGAGUAGAGGUCCUAGAGGGGAGCAUUUCGUUGUGGAAGUUGAUGUGGGCGGUCACAAGUGCGGCGCCUUCGUAGACAUUGGCUCUACGCGAAACUUCAUAAGUCGCGACUGCGUUGACAGACUGUGCCUAAAGGACCGGGUGCAGCGCCUUAGUAGACCGGUAGCAUCUACUUUGGCCAACAAAGAGCGCAUGAUGGUGGAGGACUACGUUAAAGAUGUAGUAUGCACCUUCUCCUACCCAGGAGGAGAGAUAAACCACAAUAUAUCAUUCCUGGUGAGCGACGAGUUGCCCUUUGACAUGUUAUUGGGCAUGUACUACCUCGAGGUUGCCAAGCCCCAGUUUGACUGGGACAAGAAGGUGUUGAAGCACGAGUUGCCGAGUGGGAGAACCGUGAGACUGGCCAAGUACAAAGCCAGUAGGUUAAUAGACUCCUAUGGGUGCUUAUGCGCACCUGCCUUUUAUAAUUAUUAUAAACAGAACCAAGAGGAAGGAAUGUACUUAGUCUAUGUCUCUGCAAAAGGGAAGGCCGUUAAAACACCCCCAGAGAUAGAGACUAUCGUCGCUAAGUACCCAGAUUUGUUCGAGGAGCCUACAGGAGUCGUAGACAGGGAGAUUGCCCAUGCCAUAGAGAUUAUCCCAGGUAGUGAAACACCUAAGGGUAGAAUCUAUAGGAUGGCUCCAACCGAGUUGGACGAACUUCGGCGGCAACUGAAAGAGCUCACAGAGAAGGGUUGGAUUCGGCCUAGCACUUCCCCCUUUGGCUCACCAGUAUUGUUUGUUCCAAAGAAAGGGGGAACACUAAGGAUGUGCAUUGAUUAUAGAGGCCUCAAUGCCAUCACCGUUAAGAACGCAGAGCCUCUACCACACAUCGACGACCUAUUGGAUAGGGUGCAGGGGUGGCAGAGUAUCUCCAUGGAUUUCAUGGAUACUCUUGUGACCAACAAGAAUGGCAAGAGGCACAUCUUCGUCAUAGUGGAUAGGUUCACUAAGUACGCUAGACUAAUCGCCAUGCCAGAGACUGCCAGGACUGAGCACGUCAUCAAGUUGUUCAUGGACAACUGGGUGCAUGAUUUUGGAUUGCCGAAGACUAUCGUUAGUGAUAGAGAUGUCCGUUUCACUAGUGAGAUGUGGAAACAGACCGCUGAACAGAUGGGCAGCCAGCUUCAGAUGACUUCUGGGAAUCAUCCCGAAGCAAAUGGGCAGGCUGAACAGAUGAACCGAGUGGUGCAGCAUCUGCUGAGGCAUUACAUCAAGCCCAACCAGGAUGACUAGGAUGAGAAGUUGCCUCUCAUCGCCAGCCUGUACAACAAUGCUGUACACAGCACCAUCGGUGUCAGUCCUAAUCAGCUACAUCUCGGAUGGAAGCCUAGAUCC